GCCGAGCAAGAUGACGCAUUGCGAGAGUUCAGUCCGCCAGCACUGUACCAGCGUUUGAACGCUGCAGUAGGAGAGCAAGAAGCUCUCUGUCGAGGUCUCGAGGAGAGCUUCCUGGAGGGUGAGGGUGUCGGUGGUAAUGAUGCAGUUGCCAGCGAACGAGAAGUGAUCGACUUUGUGAGACGAAUAAGAGAAGGACGCAAGGUUGCCUACCUCAGAGCAGAGUGCAAAGAGAGGUGGGACGAAGGGCGUGUUGGUGGAUGGCGAUGAGGUCGAGGUAAUGGAAGGAACGAUCUUUUCGUCUACGAGGGUAGUGCAAGCCAGUUGCUCCCAGCAAGCAGCAAUAGCGACGUGUCGACAAUUGCUGGCAAGAACCGCCAUGCAGAUUCCGAGCCACCAAUGUUUUAUCGCACCAUUCUUGUGCUGCCGUACUCCACCUCCACCCGUUCUGAAUUCAGUCUUACCAGUGACAGGCUAUUCACAUUCCAUUAUCACAUACAUCCGCUUGUCGACCUAUAUCGCAGCAACACAUCUAACUGUCAGCAUGGCUUCUCCACAUGACGCGCCACUCCCGCCCACUAGCUGUCUUGCUAUAAGCGAUGGGCGACCUUUCACCCAUCAACUUGACCAUAUUGAGGUCACUCGUUCUGCUAAGAAAUGGGAUGAGGAGGCCCUCGCUCAGUACAACGCACUUCUGGUCAAAGAAGCACUUCACCUCAUCUGCCUGACCUACUCAAAGCAAGACCAUCUGCCUAUCUAUCGCUUCGACAUAUGCACCCCCAUCGUAACGCCAAAUGGUCACGUUCACUGUCCCAACAUCAUUAGUGACACUACGACUCGUCCUGGCAACCUUCCGACCAUCAUCGAGACGCAGACCAAAUCAGCCAGCUCUCCCACAGAACUGUACAAAAUCAGAGCAAUUGUCUACACUGAUGCGACAAGCGAAUGGCUUGUUGUCAGAGAGAGUGUCUGCAGCCACUCUUGUCCUUGGCAAGGCUUGAAAUGCUUCAUUCUCGAGCUACGCACAGAGUUUGAAAAGAGUGCAGGGUCCGAUAUAGAAGUUGUGCAGUCGCCCGUCAUCGGUCGCAAGAAGAAGGCAAAGAAACUAUCCAGAAAGGCGCUGGUCAGCAGUCAGAAGGCCGAUGAAUUUGACCCAGGUUCUGUUGAUCUGGAAGCGAGCCCUGAAUUUGCGCAUCGCAAAGACAUCGUGGAGUCAAAGUCUCUUGGAGAUGCAGGUAGCAUCGACGGUUCCUACCCAGAUCUGGUCGCGGAUUGUCCGUAGGUGCGAGGCACAUGUUCGAGUAGACAAGACUCUGUGUGCGAUUGCAACGCAGUUAGUGGGCGUGAACUAUUGGGAGUCGGAUGUUGGUAGGUAAAGCUGCUGCGGAAGUUCGCAUAGUGUCCAGACUCCGCCAAUACCAAAUUAUGAUAUCAAUAUUAUGGGUUUCUGUGGGAUUCCCAAUUGAUCCACGCCUUACGUGUGACUUUUGAGAGCGUCGCAUGUUGACGGAAACUUUCCCGGAGACUUUACUCGCCAGAGACUAAAAAUCAC